AUGGCGCCUAGCAAUCAACCAUUUACUUUGCGUUCAAUUCUUGAGAAAGAUAAGUUGAAUGGAACAAACUAUGCGGAUUGGAUCCGUAACCUGAGAAUUGUUCUCAGGGCUCAGAAAAAGGAAGAAAUUCUAGACACCCCAUUACCAGAAGAGCCUGCUGAUAAUGCACCUGCUGUAGAGAAAAACGCUUACAAGAGAGCAUGUGAUGCUGAUCUUGAAGUGAGUUGCCUUAUGCUUGCUUGUAUGGAACCAGAUCUGCAGUUGCAGCUUGACAAUAACCAUGCAGCGCACGAUAUGAUCGUGGCGCUCAAUGAUAUGUUCCACACUCAAGCUAGGACCGAAAGGUUCAAUGUCUCAAAGGCUUUUGCUGAAACCAAGCUAGCAGAGGGCGCAGCAGUUGGGCCACAUGUGAUCAAAAUGGUUGGUUACACUCAGAGGUUGGAGAAGCUGGGCUUCCCAAUUGGCCCUAAAUUAGCUACUGAUUUUAUUCUUGCAUCUCUUCCGCCCAGCUAUGGAAAUUUCAUCGUGAUCUACCAUAUGCAUGGGGCAGAGAAGGGCUUGAAUGAAUUAUGUGGCAUGCUUAAAACAGCAGAGGCUGGUAUCAAGAAAGGUCAUAUAAGUGAGAAUCGCAUGAAGAGGCUCCAUUCUGAUGGGCUUUUAACUUCAUUUGAUUUUGAAUCACACGAGACAUGUGAGGCUUGCCUACUAGGCAAGAUGACCAAGAUGCCUUUCACAGGUUUUCCUGAGAGGGCGCUUACGCCACCUGGAACGCCUCAGAGAAAUGGCAUGUCCGAGCGACGUAAUCGGACUUUGUUGGACAUGGUUCGGUCUAUGACGAGCCAAUCAGACCUACCGUUAUCAUUUUGGGGAUACGCUCUAGAAACAGCCGCUUUCACGUUGAAUAGGGUACCGUCUAAGUCCGUAGUUAAGACACCACAUGAGAUGUGGACUGGGUAUUGCUUCUACAACCGAUCAGAGGGCAAAGUGUUUGUUGCUCAGAACGGUGUUUUCUUAGAGAAAGAGUUUCUCAAAAGAGAGAAAAGUGGACAUAAGGUGUAUCUUGAAGAAGUUCAAGAUGAGCCAGUUGGGAAGGACUCUACGAGUGAUGCUAAUGUAGCAGAACAAGUUGAGAUACCCAUGGCAAUAGAAACAUCACCACAACCACGAAGGUCAGCAAGAAUCCGUUUUGUGUUCACAAUAAAUGGUGGUGUUGUAAGUUGGAAAAGUUCCAAGCAGGAGACGGUGACCGAUUCUAUAGCAGAGGCCGAGUACAUUGCAGCUUCUGGAGCUGCGAAGGAAGGUGUUUGGAUGAGGAGGUUCCUCAUUGAACUUGGUGUGUUUCCGAAUGCGUCCAGCAAAUUGAAUCUACAUUGUGACAACAAUGGGGCAAUUGCGUAG